ACUGUAGAACUAGAGGACAGUUUAAUGCAUUUUCAUAUCACUUCCGGGGAAGACGGUCUCUUGAUUACAGCUUUCAGGAGGACAAGCCCUUGAAGAAAAUGAAAAUGUCCAGAACAGUAAGUUCUGUGAAACAGAGUAAAUAUUUUCGUAAUGGCACAUCAGCAUCUAAUGAAAAUAAUACAAACAUGCCCGCAGUGAAUGACUUCAAAGAAUUUGUUUUGGAAAUGCAAAAAACUAUUUCAAGCCUCAGAAACCAGAUAAAAAAACUUGAAUCACGCCUCAGUAAAACUGAUUGCACUGAUGAAAAGGGUAAAUCAUAUUCCAGCAAUGAAACCUGGAAAAGGGACCCUUGUACUGUGUGUGAAUGCAAAGUUGGUCAGAUUACCUGUUUUGUAGAAUCAUGCCUGCCAGCUGACUGCGAAGCGCCUGUGAAGGUUAAAGGAGAUUGCUGUCCAGUCUGCUUAAAACAAAAUAUUAAUAAAAAGAAGCCAUAAGUCUGCUUUUUAAGAAUUUAGGGUGCAUACUCCUCAAAUCAUAUCAAUGCCUGCUGAUGGCACAAACAGGUAACUACAGUCUUAACAACAGCAAUAAAUCAAGAUUUACAACAUUCUAAUGGUGCUGUAACAGUAUAACAUAAUGUAUCAUUUUAUUUUCUGCCCAUGAAGGUAAUCACAAUGCAAAAAUUAACGAAAGGGAAAUUAGCAAACAGGUCAAAGUUAAUUGUGUGUUAAACUUCUC